AUGUUUAAAAAUUUAAAAGAAAAAUUAGCAAAUCAAGUUACUAAAACAAAUCAAACUCUGUUACCGGGCAUUUCAUCAUCAGAUUCAGCGUCUAUAGCAAGAGAUUCUGAUACUCGAACGUCUUCCAUUACUAGUCGAGAUGAAAAUUCUGAAAACAAUCGUUCUCGAUUAGAUUCAGCUUCAAGUGAUAUCAGUCAAUUCAGUAUUGGUCAGAGUCCUAACGCUAGUAUAACUUAUGUAUCACCACAACGUAUUCAUAUGCUACCAUCAGAUAUUGAAUCUGAAUAUGGUGGUGAUGGUGGUGAUGAAAGUGAUCAUGAAAGCAAUACUAAAAUGAUAAAAAUGCAAAAAUUACUUUCUAUUUAUAAGAAUAAAUUUAAUCAAUUAAAAAAUGCUUAUGAUGAAGUUGAACGAGAAAAAGAACAUAUUAAAAAUAUUUUACAAAAGCAUCAAGAUACAUCAAUAAAACGGCUUUCAGAAUUACGAGAACAGAUUAAACUUGAUCGACAAGCUAAAGAACAACUUGAAUGUUUGCAUCAAAAAGAAAUAAGAAAACGAGAAAAUAGAAUUGAAGAACUUACAUUAAAACUUACUGCACAACAAGAUCUCAUUCAAUUACCUAAUGAAACAGAUCAUGAAGAAAUGCAAACACUUCGUGAAAAGAAUUCCAAACUUGAAGCAUUACUUAAUCAACGUAACGAUGUUAUAAAAACUCAUCAAGACAAACAAGCUGAAUUAGUAAAACAAUGUGAUGAUCUUUUUCAAAAAUUAAAUGAAAAACAAUCUGUCAUUGAUUCUAUGAUGAAAGAUCGUCAUCCAGACGGAAUAUCAGCAACAUCAAUGGAAGUUCAAGAACAUUUCGAUUCAGAUAUAAGUGUUUUAUUACAAGAUAAACAACGCUUACAAGAAAAAUUAGAAUCAUCAAAUCUUUGUGUUCGACAACUUGAACAUGAACUUGAUACAAUAAAACAAAAAAUUAAAAUCGAUGAAGAUAUUAAACAAAAAUAUGAUAAUUUAUUAAAUAAAUUUAAUGAAAAAUCAGAUUAUAUUGAACAAUUAAUUAAUGAUAAAACAAGACUUGAAAUAACAAAUGAAGAAUUUCAAAAACAAAUUCAAACAUUUCAACAAGAUAUAAAUCAAUAUGCAGAUGUUAAUCUUAUUUUAUCAAAUCAAAAAAUGAAUAUUUCAGACUUAACUGAAGAAUUAGAUCAUUUACGAGAAAAAAUAAAAGAUAUUGAAAAUAUUCUUCCAUCUAAUGAAUCAACAGAUUUAUUUGAAAGGAUUCAACAGCUAAUUAAUGAUCGUCAAACUGUUUCUCAAGAAAUUUAUUACGAACAAUAUUUGAAAACUAAUGAUCAUCUUAAAAAUGAAUAUGAAAAUCAAAUUAAUCAAUUACAACAAACAAAACAACAAGUUUUAGAUGAUGAAGUUAAUCAACUUAGAACUUCUCUCACAAAAUUACAACAAGAAUAUGAUGAAUCUUUUACUAACUGUGCUCAAUUAAAACAAACACUUGAAAAUCAACGGCAAGAACAUUUAGAGCAAACGGCAACACUUAUCAAUGAAAAACAAAAUGAAUUUGAUAUCAAUAUCCAACAAUUACGAGAAGAAAAUAAUCAUCUUAAAUCACAAAUUCACGAAAUUGAAACAUUAAAAAAUUCAUCAUUUCAAACUAUACAAGAUGAACAUCGAAAAUCAAUUGAAAAUCUAAACGCACAAAUUGAUCAACAACAAAUAGAAAUCAAUCAACUAAAACUACAAUUAAAUCAAUACGAAAAUGAAUCUAAACAAAAAACUAUUCAUAUUGAACAACUGGAAAAUGAUUUCGAAAAUCUCAAAUCAACACAAAAUGAAUUAACUAAAUUACAAGAAGAAUUUAAACUUAUAACCAAACAAUUACAAGAUAAUAUACAACAACUUGAAGAAAAACAAAAUGAAAUCAUACAACUUAAUUCUACUAUGAAUGAUAUCAAAGCAAUAAACGCAACCAUCAUCCAAGAAAGUGAACAGAUUAAAAAACAAUUUGAAGAUACACAAAAUGAAGUUAAUCAACUGACUACUACUAUAAACCAACGACAAGAAACUAAUCUAACAUUAAAUAGUAAAUGUGAACAAUACGAGAAAUUAAUUGAAGAUAAACAAAAUGAAAUUGAUCGUCUUACUCUGAUUACAGAUCAAAUGAAAGAAAAAAAUUCUAAAACAACUGAAGACUUUGAACAAAUCAGAAAACAAUUCGACGAUAAACAAAAUGAAGUCAAUCAUCUUAUGACUGUUAUCGAUAAAAUAAAAGCAAUCAAUAUCGAACUGAAUAAUAAAUAUAAACAUAUUGAAAACGAACUUCAUGAAAAACAAAAUGAAGUUAAUAAUCUUCAAUCUACAACUAAUGAAUUAAAACAAACUAGUACAACAACUAAUAAAGACUAUGAACAAAUUCAAAGUCAACUUAAUGAAAAAGAAAAUAAAAUUACUCGUCUUAGUACAAUCAUCGAUGAAUUCAAGGCUAGAUAUAAAUUAAACAUAGAACAACAUACACAAACUAAAAAAGAAUUUGAAGAUAAACAAAAUGAAGUUCUUCAUUUAACGAAUCUUAUUGAUGAAAUGAAAGCAACGAAUGUCAAAACUAAUGCACAAUUCGACAAUGAACUUGAAGAUAAAGAAAAUACAAUUACUCAACUUACAACAACUAUUAAUCAAUUACAAGAAACUAAUCUUACAUUAAAUGAUAAAUGUCAACAAUAUGAAAAACUCCUUGAAGAUAAACAAAAUGAAUUUAAUCAGUUAACUAUAUUAAAUGAUGAAAUAAAAACUAAACAUUCAACAAUUAUGGACAAAUAUAAAGAAAUUAACCAGCAACUUGACGAUAAACAGAUUACAAUUACUCAACUUACAACAACUAUUAAUCAAUCACAAGAAGCUAAUUUAAUGCUAAAUAAUAAAUGUCAACAAUAUGAAAAACUCCUUGAAGAUAAACAAAAUCAAAUUGAUCAUUUCACUAGAAUUACUGAUGAAAUGAAAGAGAAAAAUUCAAAAAUAACUGAAGACUUUGAACAAGUUAAAAAAGAGUUUGAAGAUAAACAAAAUGAAAUUAAUCAUCUUACAACUGUUAUCAGUGAAAUGAAAGUAACGAGUAUCGAACUCAAUAAACAAUUUGAUAAUGAUCUUAAAGAUAAAGAAAAUACAAUUAAUCAAUUUAGAACAACUAUUAAUCAAUUACAAGAAACUAAUCUUACAUUAAAUAAUAAAUGUCAACAAUAUGAAAAACUCCUUGAAGAUAAACAAAAUGAAUUUAAUCAGUUAACUAUAUUAAAUGAUGAAAUAAAAACUAAACAUUCAACAAUUAUGGACGAAUAUAAAGAAAUUAACAAGCAACUUGACGACAAACAGAUUACAAUUAGCCAGCUUACAACAACUAUUAAUCAAUUACAAGAAGCUAAUUUAACGCUAAAUAAUAAAUGUCAACAAUAUGAAAAACUCCUUGAAGAUAAACAAAAUCAAAUUGAUCAUUUCACUAGAAUUACUGAUGAAAUGAAAGAGAAAAAUUCAAAAAUAACUGAAGACUUUGAACAAGUUAAAAAACAGCUUGAAGAUAAACAAAAUGAAGUUAUUCGUCUUACGACUGUGGUCGGUGAAAUAAAAGCAGCAAAUGUCGAACUCAAAAAACAGAUUGAAAAUGAGCUCGAGAAUAAACAUCAUGAAAUUGUUAAACUCAAUGCAACAAUUAAUGAAACAAAUACAAAAACCAGUGAAGAACAACAACUAAUUAAAAAUCUCCUUCAUGAUAAACAAAAUGAAAUUAAUCAACUAAAUACUACUAUAAAUCAACUACAAGAAUCUAAUCUGAUGUCAAAUAAUAAAUGUGAACAAUUUGAAAAACUAAUUGAAGAUAAACAAAAUCAAAUUGAUCAUUUCACUAGCAUUACUAAUGAAAUAAAAGAAAACAAUUCAAAAGUAAAUGAAAAUCUUGAACAAAGUAAAAAACAGCUUGAAGAUAAACAAAAUGAAAUUAAUCAUCUUACAACUGUUAUCAAUGAAAUGAAAGUAACGAAUGUCCAACUCAAUAAACAAUUUGAUAAUGACCUUAAAGAUAAAGAAAAUACAAUUAAUCAAUUUACAACAACUAUUAAUCAAUUGCAACAAACUAAUCUUACAUUAAAUAAUAAAUGUCAACAAUAUGAAAAACUCUUUGAAGAUAAACAAAAUGAAUUUAAUCAGUUAACUAUAUUAAAUGAUGAAAUAAAAACUAAAAAUUCAACACUUAUUAACGAACAUGAACAAGUUCAAGGGCAACUUAAAGAAAGUGAAAACAAAAUAAUUGGACUUAAACAAACAAUAGAUAAUAUGAAUAUAAACUAUUCAAAAAUCAUCAACGAACAUGAACAAGUUAACAAACAACUCGAAGAAAAGCAAAAAGAAAUUGUUCAACUUACUGCUAUUAUAAGUCAAUUAAAAGAAACUAAUCUAACAAUUGAUGAGAAAUAUGAACAUAUAAAAAAAGAACUUGACGAAAAACAAAAUGAAAUCAUUCAACUAAAAAAUAAUCUUGAUGAAAUUAAAAGAACAAAUGUAACAAUGUCGGAUCAAUGUGAAGAAUUAAAACAAACUAUUGAAGCAUUCGAAGAAUCACAAAUUACUGAUCGACAAUUACUAGAACAGACAAAAAUAGAGAUCGAAACGCUCAAACAAAAUCUUGUCGAUGAACAAUUCAAUUGCAAUUCUUUAAAACAGGCACAACAAUCAUGUAUCGAACGAUUAACUAUAGAGCAUCAACAAAUACUUGAAAAUUUAAAAUCUGAAUAUCUUUCAAUGAUUCAUGAAAAAAGUGAAGAAAUUGAUUCUCAUCAAGAUACGAUUGAAAAUUUACGAAAAGAACUUCAUGAAUAUGAAAAAAAAAUUUUACAACAAAAUUCUGAACUUGAUCAUUUACUUGAUGAACAAAAUCAUCAAUCACAAAUAAUAAUACGUUUGAAAAAUAUACUCGGUGUUAAUACAACUAAUCAUGAUGAACUUCUUGAACAUUUUGUACAUAAAAUGGAACAAUAUCAAUUAUUAAUAACUGAAUCUGAACGUUUAAAUAAUGAUUUAAUUAAACAAAAAUCUGAACAAAUAAAUAUUCAUAAUGAAUUACAACAAUUAGAACAACAAUAUGAUGAUAUUAAAGAUGAAUUAAAUAAAACAAAACAAGAAUUAAUAACCAAUAAAAAUAAAUAUGAAAAUCAACUAAAUCAAGUAAAUGAAUCCUAUGAACAAUUAAAAAAAAAUAAACAUUCAAUUGAUAUUCAACUUGAAAAUAUUCAACGUCAAUUUAUUGAUAAAACUAAACAAUAUGAACAACUUGAAAUAAAAUUAAAUAAGUCAUUAAUUGAAAAAGAUGAACAAAUAUCUCAGUGUCAAGAAAAUUUUAAUCAACAAGAAAUUCUUAAUAAUGAACUUCGUCGUGAAUUAAAUGACUUAAAUGAUGAAUUAAAAUCUAAAACAAAUGAAAUUUCUUCAUUACAAACAAAUCUUAAUAAAGUUCAACAAACAUUACAAACAAAAAUUAAUGAUAUUGAACAACUUUCCCAAGAAAGAAUUUCUUUAACAGAAAAUAAUAAUCAAAAAGAACAACUUUUAUUCGAACGAAAACAAUUAACUGAAGUACAUACAGCAUUAGAAGAAAAAUUUAAUAACCUUUUAUCAGAAAAAGCUGGAUUAGAAAAUCAAUUAGAUACAAUUAGAGUACAAAUGCAAACAACAGAAACAACUAUGAAUAAAAGAAAGCAAGAAAAUUUGAAUAAACUUGAACAAGCUGAAAAGAAAAUUAAAGAACUUCAGACUGAAGGGGAUUCUGUUCGAUCAGAAAUCGAAACAUUACGUAAUCAAAUUGAUUCAUUAAGAAAUACUAAUGAAGAAAAUAUUCGUCGUAUAACUGAAUUCGAUUCUCAAAAAUUAGUUUUGGAACAAGAAUAUAUUGAAAAAGAUCAACAAUUAACAGAACGUGAGGAAAAAAUUCAAGAACUUCAACUAACUCUUAAACAAACUCAAGAAAGUGGAACAAAAUUACGUAAAGCAUUACAUAAAAUGAAAGAAACUAUAACUAAUAAUGAACAAACACAUAAUCAAGAAUUAGAAAUUCGUUUACGUAUACUUACUGAAGAAUAUGAACAGAAAUUAAAAGAACAAGAAGCAGAAUAUAGUGCAAAAUUAAAAUCUAUUACUAAAGAAAUAAACUCACAAAUGGAAGAAAAAGAAAAACAAUUCAAUCAACAACUUCAAGAAUUAAUUGAUAAAAGUUAUCAAAAUGAAAAUAAUAUAAAACAAAAAAUUAUCGAAGCUGAACAACGAGCAUCAAUCACUGAAGAACAAUUAAAAGAAAAACAAACAGAAACUUAUCGUAUUCAUGAACUUGAAAAUCAAAUACAUGAUCUUCAAACAAUGCUAGAAAGUUUAAACAAUAGAGAAAACAUUCCUAUUCAAACAAGUGAUCAUGCUGCUCAAACCAAUAUCGAAGAUUCAAAAUCAAAUGCUUCUCAAACGAAUGCAAAUAAUACUUUACAUUCAUGUAUAGUCGAACCAACUGAAAUUGAUUAUUUAAAACAGAUUGUUUUUGCUUAUAUGACAGGAACUGAUCGAAUGACUAUGGUGAAAGUCAUUUGUGCACUUCUUCGUUAUACUGAUGAUGAAAAAUCAUUAAUCAUUGAUCAUGAAAAAAAAAGUCAGAAUCGUUGGUUAAAUUCAUCAAGAUAA